AUGUCACGGUCCGACUCGACAACGUUUCUCGUUCCUCACCCUCCAUCUGUGGACAAAAGUGUGACACACGCGGCAGAGUCAGGACAGUCCUGUGCGGCAUGCUUCCCCUUGACAGUCGGCGACGGAGAUUGCGUCGACCGUGAUACAUUGCUCAGUUCGCAAAAUGGCGGAUGCACGAUUUGUUCUUUCUUCAUCACAGCGAUUACGACAGCUGUCGGGUCGACGGCGCUGUGGAAACAUGCGUCAACGUGGAUAGAUAAGGGCAUCUUGGGCCUCACUAUCGCCAAAACCGAGCCCUACGACAGCAGCUGUGUCGCCGUUCUCGCCAUCAACGGGGAGAGCGGUCCGUCUCCAUUCGCCUGGAUUCCAACGCUAGCCAAGUCGCCCUACUCUCGGACGUUCGCAAGGGAUCUUUGUAUGAUCGAAGAGUGGAUCCAAGAGUGCCAGCAGAAUCAUCCUCAUUGCCAGCAACUCAGCACCCCGACGUUGCCGACAAGAGUAAUUGACGUCGGGGGCGGGGGACGAGACCCUUGUCUUGUUCACAGCCAGGGCAGAGCCGGACAAUACCUCGCCCUCAGCCACCGCUGGGGAGACCCCACCUCCCACGUCACGAAGCUUGUGACGAUGAAAGAGAACAUUUCCCAACACUACCUCGGAAUUCCGCUGGCAAACAUCCCGGCCACGUUCCGCGACGCCAUCAUCGUUGCCAGGCACCUUCGGAUACCAUAUGUCUGGAUCGACUCGCUCUGUAUUGUCCAGGAUGACCGCGAGGACUAG